CGAGUUUUCGGUUCCUUCCCUUCAGUUCCUCCACAAGGUGGUCGAUGGCGUGUGCGGGCGCGCGUACCCGCGCUACCAGGACUACGGCGGCGUGUGGAGCCUGGCGGAGUGGAUGGAGGUUCUGCAGGGAACGGCGGCGUAUUUCAAAAACGCGGUUGGCAAAAGGAAGAGGAAUUUGCAGGCUGCUGAACAGUUGACUGAGUUAAAUUCAAACUAUCAAGAAGUGAUCACAAAGUGCCUGAAAAGCAGAAAGGAAGAAAUCAGGAAUGCAUUAGUAGAAAGAGUAAAUGCAAUCUCCUCUGCCCAGCUGCAGGAUUUUGACUGGCAGUUAAAGCUUGCUCUCUCCAGUGACAAAAUCUCCAUGCUGCAAAUGCCACUUCUCAAUCUUGAUUUAGAUGUGAGAGAAAAUGGUGAAAUUAAACCAAUCUCUAUAGAAAUGAACAAGGAGGAGUUACAGAACCUAAUAAAUGCAUUGGAAGCUGCUAAUAAGGUUGUCUUGCAACUGAAGUGAGGAUAUUCAACCAUCUGACAGCAUCUGUCAGUGCUGACUCCACAAGUGACUUGAAAAAAUAAUAGAAACACUUUCUACAAAGCCAAAAGCUAUUGAUGCAAUAAAAUACUAAACUGAGCAGGUAGUAUUGGCUUGUGACUAAAUAAACCAUUACUCAUUUGAAAAUAGA